AUGGCUAAGGCAUUUGAUAGGGUAGAGUGGGACUACUUGUUGGCUGUCUUGAGAGCUUUUGGUUUUGCUGAAGGUUGGGUCUCUCUUAUUCAUAAUGCUAUUUCUUCCUCUAAAUUUUCAGUAAAAAUUAAUGGAGAACAAGCUGGCUUCUUUGCACCUACUCGGGGUCUUCGACAAGGAGAUCUUCUAUCUCCGCUAUUGUUCAUUCUUAAUGAUUUUCUAUUGUUCACCAACGGGUCUAGGGGCUCUCUCAAGGUGUUGAUGGAAUUUUUGCAUUCUUAUGAGAAAGUUUCUGGUCAAUUUAUAAAUACUCAGAAAAGCUCUUUUAUUGUCAGUAGAAAAACAGCAUUUUUUCGUCGGGGGAUUAUUGCAUCUGUUACUAAUUUUCAAGAAAACUCUCUACCCUUCAGCUACUCAGGGGCCCCACUAUUUUAUGGUCGUUGCACUUCCUCGUUAUUUGCUCCGAUGGUCGACAAAGUUCAUAAAAAGGUUGCAGGCUGGAAAGGUAAACUACUUUCUUGGGAAGCGAAGGAAAAAUCUCAUUUUGGUAUGCAAACUGGACAGGUUUUGGCUCUUUAUAUGACCAAGGCUGGAUUGUUAAUGAACCAAGGUUACAGUUGA